CCAGCAGGGGGCAGCAAGAGACCAUGGUGAACGCUGGGAACGGGUCGGCUGGGGCUGGGUUUGGAGCAAGGCAGGACUCGGGGCUUUGACGCAGGGAUCUGGGGCGGAGGAUGGCUGCGGAGGUCCCUUGCCCGGUGGCAACGUGCGGAAUCAUUGAACUUCAGACUGGAGAAGACCUUUGAGAUUGUGAAUCCCUCAUUAUGAAUGAGACAUUGAAACCCUUACAUUAGAAGUCAGCAAGAGAAUACAUAUGCUGUAUCUCCUUAACCACUUUCCCUUCAGAGGCCAUGGAGGACGAGGAGAGACAGAAGAAACUGGAGGCCGGCAAAGCGAAGCUUGCCCAGUUUCGACAAAGGAAAGCUCAGUCUGAUGGGCAGAAUCCUUCUAAGAAGCAGAAAAAAAAGAGGAAAACUUCAAGCAGCAAACAUGAUGUGUCAACAUACCAUGCUUUGAAUAUUGAGCACUCACAGAGUGAUGAAAUGUACAUAAAUAGUCCUCAGAGGGUAGGAACAGCCGUGACUCCUGAAUCCACAAUAAUCAAACGUGAUGAGGUCUUCUCUGUUGAACCAGAAAGUGAGAUUUCAACUACAGCAGAUGAUUACAGUUCAGAGGUAAAUGGUUGCAGUUUUGUGGUGAGAACAGAAAAGCCUACAAAUUUAUUAAGGGAAGAAGAAUUUGGUGCUGAUGAUUCUUAUUCUGAACAUGGAGCACAGUACAAUCAGACCCACCUAGAGAUGAUGGAAAAUGAAUUGGCUGGCAAACAGCAUGAGAUUGAAGAGCUGAACAGAGAACUAGAAGAAAUGAGAGCCACCUAUGGGAGUGAUGGACUGCAGCAGUUACAAGAAUUUGAAGCUGCUAUUAAGCAAAGAGAUGGCAUCAUAACCCAGCUCACUGCUAAUUUACAACAAGCAAGGAGAGAAAAGGAUGAGACAAUGAGAGAAUUCUUAGAGUUGACAGAACAAAGUCAAAAGUUACAGAUUCAAUUCCAGCAUUUACAGGCUAGUGAAACUCUAAGAAACAGCACUCACAGUAGCACAGCUGCAGAUUUACUACAUGCGAAACAGCAGAUCCUCUCUCAUCAGCAACAGCUGGAAGAACAAGACCAUUUAUUAGAAGAUUAUCAAAAAAAGAAAGAAGACUUCAAAAUGCAAAUUAGUUUCUUGCAAGAGAAAAUUAGAGCAUAUGAAAUGGAACAAGACAAAAAAGUAGAAAGCUCAAAGAAAGAAAUACAGGAAAAGGAUACAAUCAUUGAAGAAUUAAAUACAAAAAUAAUAGAAGAUGAAAAAAAAACUGUAGAGCUAAUGGAUAAAGUCACAGCUGCUAAUAAAUUACUGGAAGAAUUACAAGAACAGGUUGUACAAAAGAACCAAGAGAUUAAAAACAUGAAAUUAGAGUUGACUACUUCCAAGCAAAAAGAAAGACAGUGUUCUGAGGAAAUAAAACAAUUAAUGGGGACAGUUGAAGAACUUCAGAAGAAAAAUCAUAAAGAUAGCCAAUUUGAAACUGAUAUUCUACAAAGAAUGGAACAAGAAACACAAAGAAAAUUAGAACAGCUCCGGGCAGAGCUGGAUGAGAUGUACGGGCAGCAGAUAGUACAGAUGAAACAGGAGUUAAUAAAACAACACAUGUCACAGAUAGAUGAACUUAAAAUACGACAUAAGGGAGAAAUGGAGAAUGCUUUAAGAUCAUGUCCAAGUAUUACAGUUAAUGAAGAUCAAAUAAAGUUAAUGAAUAUGGCAAUAAAUGAACUGAAUAUAAAAUUGCAAGAUACUAACUCUCAAAAAGAAAAACUCAAGGAAGAAUUAGGUGUAAUUUCAGGAGAAAAGUCGGUGCUACAGAGGCAGCUUGAAGACCUUUUUGAAGAAUUGAGCUUUUCAAGGGAACAGAUUCAGAGAGCUAGACAGACAAUAGCUGAACAAGAAAGUAAACUCAGUGAAGCACACAAGUCCCUUAGUACAGUGGAAGAUUUGAAAGCUGAGAUUGUUUCUGCCUCUGAAUCCAGAAAAGAACUAGAAUUAAAACAUGAAGCAGAAGUUACAAAUUACAAGAUAAAACUUGAAAUGUUAGAAAGAGAAAAAAAUGCUGUAUUAGACAGAAUGGCUGAAUCGCAAGAAGCUGAAUUAGAGAGGCUGAGGACACAGCUUCUGUUUAGUCAUGAAGAAGAACUUUCCAAACUAAAAGAAGAUUUAGAAAUUGAGCAUCGAAUAAAUAUUGAGAAACUUAAGGAUAAUUUAGGCAUUCACUACAAACAGCAGAUAGAUGGCUUACAGAAUGAAAUGAGUAAAAAGAUAGAAACCAUGCAGUUUGAAAAAGACAGUUUGAUAACUAAGCAGAAUCAAUUAAUUUUAGAAAUUUCAAAGCUAAAAGAUUUACAGCAGUCCCUUGUGAAUUCAAAAUCAGAGGAAAUGACUCUUCAAAUCAAUGAACUUCAAAAAGAAAUUGAAAUACUCAGGCAAGAAGAAAAGGAAAAGGGUACACUUGAACAAGAAGUUCAAGAGUUGCAACUUAAGACUGAAUUAUUGGAGAAACAAAUGAAGGAAAAAGAGGAUAACCUUCAAGAAAAAUUUAUACAACUUGAAGCAGAGAACAGCACUCUUAAAAAUGAAAAGAAAGCCCUUGAAGACAUGUUGAAAAUGUAUACUCCUGUUAACCAAGAAGAAAGAUUAAUAUUCAUGGAUCCCAUUAAGUCCAAAUCCCAAGAUUGUAACUGGCAAAAAGAAAUAGAAGUACUUACUGAGGAAAACAAGGACCUCAAGAAACAAUGUAUUCAGCUAACUGAAGAGAUUGAAAGGCAAAGGAACACUUUUUCAUUUGCUGAAAAAAAUUUUGAAGUUAACUAUCAAGAGUUACAGGAGGACUAUGCUUGCCUUCUCAAGGUAAAAACUGACUUAGAAGACAGCAAAAACAAACAAGAAGUAGAGUAUAAAAAUAAGCUUAAAACACUUAGUGAAGAGCUUCAUCAUUUGCAAAGAAUAUAUCCAAGUAUGGUAAAAAUGAAAAGUUCAGUCUUUGAUGAUGACAAAACUUUCAUAGGAGAAUCACUGGAAACCGGUGAGGUCGUUGAGAAAGAUACAACAGAACUUAUGGAAAAACUUGAGGUCACCAAGCGAGAAAAGUUAGAGCUGUCGGAGAGAUUGUCUGAUCUUUCUGAACAAUUAAAACAGAAACAUGGUGAGAUUACUUUUCUGAGUGAAGAAGUAAAGUCUUUAAAGCAAGAGAAAGAACAAGUAUUAUUGAGGUGUAGAGAGUUAGAAAUCAUCAUUAACCAUAAACGGACAGAAAAUGUAGAUGUGUGUGAUGUUCAGUUAGACUCUUUAAAAGAUGGUGUUGUGACUAUGACAAGCAAGGAUUCUGGAGGAUCAGUUUCUAAAAUAAAUAAAGAUUUUGUUGAAGAAUCAAAAAUAAUGGAGGAAGAUAAAAUUCCUUUUGAAAAUAGGACUACUGGAAAAGAAGGCAAGCAAGAACAGUUGUUUUUGGAUCACUUGCCAUUAAUGACAAAUGGAUCAUCACUUGGGACAGCUGAACCAAGUAGAAAUGAUAAACUUCAGUGGGAACUCAGUGUACUUAAAUCAGAACAGAAUGAUUUAAGGCUACAGAUGGAAGCUCAGCGUAUAUGCCUCUCUCUGGUUUAUUCAACACAUGUCGAUCAAGUUCGUGAAUAUAUGGAAAAUGAAAAAGAUAAAGCUCUUUGUAGUCUUAAGGAGGAACUUAUUUCUGCCCAAGAGGAAAAGAUAAAGGAACUUCAGGAAAUACACCAGCAAGAGCUACAGAAUAUAAAAACACAAGGAACAGGUGGUGAAGCAAAGCCUUUACAAAUGCUCAUUGGAAAACUACGCAAGGCGGUGUCUGAAGAAUGUUCUUAUUUUACACAGACUUUUUGCAAUGUCCUUGAUGAACAUAAUACUUCUGCUUUAAAAUGUGAAGUAAAUGUAGAAGAGAGAGAGAGUGCUGGUGUUCACACUUCUGAAAAUCAAGAACUAGAAUUGCAAGAUUAUAGAUACAAAGUUCAAGACUUGCAAGAAAAUAUGGAAACUCUUCUCAACAAAGUAACAGAAGAAUACAAUAAACUCUUGGUACUUCAAACACAAUUAAGUAAGAUUCAGGGACAGGAGACAGAUGUUGUCAAACUUAAAUUUGCAGAAGGAAACCUACCAAAAGAGGAAAGUUCUCAGAUGACCAGUUUGCAAGACAUUGAUGUCAGUUGUAAAAGCAAGUUUUCUACUCUGCAAGAUUAUGAAAACAUUAAACAACUUGAAGGACAAGUUCAAGAAUUAGAAAACCUCAUAUUCUCUUUGCAGCAACAGUUGAAAGAAACAGAAGAAAACUAUGGAGCAGAGAUCCAUUGUUUGCAGGAAAGGCUUCAAGCUGUUACUGUAUCCACAGUUCAGCCAAGUUUCUCCAUUGAUUCGAUGGUAAUAACUGAAUCUGAUGUCCAGAAAACAGUAUAUCCUGGAAGUUGUCUAAACCAGAACACUGAUGGUACAAUAGAGUUUUCUGGUGAUUUUGGAGUGAAACAGGAAACAAAUAUGGUUAAGUUGCUGGAAAAACAGUACCAAGAACGAUUAGAAGAAGAAGUAGCUAAGGUCAUUGUGUCAAUGAGUAUAGCAUUUGCUCAACAAACUGAACUAUCUAGAAUAACUGGGGAAAAAGAAGAUACUACAUUGUCAAAACAAGCACAUGCUUUCUGUCAGCAAGAACAUUUAAAUGAAAUGAAAUUAUCAGAGGGUCAAACUUUUGAAGCAAUGGACAUGAAAUUUAAAGAAGAAUUUAAACCACUUAGUAAAGAGUUAGGGGAAGAUGGAAAGGAAGUUCUCUUAUCAAAAAAUGAUAAUCUUGAUGAUAUACUAGAGUCGAAGGACCAUGAACUGACUAUUUCAGAAGAAAUGUUCUCCAAAGAUAAAACAUUUAUAGUCAGAGAACCUAUCCAUGAUGAGAUUUUGGUAUCGAGUAUAGAUGCUUCUAGACAACUAAUGUUAAAUGAAGAACAGUUGGAAGAUAUGAGGCAGGAACUUGUACGGCAAUACCAAGAACAUCAGCAGGCAACAGAACUGUUACGGCAGGCGCACAUGCGCCAGAUGGAGAGACAGCGAGAAGACCAGGAACAGCUGCAAGAAGAGAUUAAGAGACUGAACAGACAAUUAGCCCAGAGAUCCUCAAUAGAUAAUGAAAACCUGGUUUCAGAGAGAGAGAGGGUGCUUUUAGAGGAGCUGGAAGCACUAAAGCAGCUGUCUCUAGCUGGAAGAGAGAAGCUGUGUUGUGAGCUGCGCAACAGCAGUACGCAAACACAGAAUGGAAAUGAAAACCAAGAGGAAAUUGAAGAACAGAUCUUUAAAGAAAAGGAGUCAGACAGAAAACCUGAAGAUGUGCCUCCUGAUAUUCUGACUAAUGAAAGCUUGCAUGGAGGAAUUUGGCCCCUAAGAUUUUGGCUUCCCCAUUGGAUCAUCAGUAUGGAACGCAGUCAGUAUGGAACUCAAACAAGAAAGACAGUAUUUGCGCUUCAGAAAGCUAAUAACAGACUUCUGAAGAUACUCUUAGAAGUUGUAAAGACAACAGCAGCUGUUGAAGAAACAAUUGGUCGCCAUGUUCUUGGUAUUCUAGAUAGAUCUAGUAAGGUCCAGUCGUCUGCUAGCUUGAUUUGGAGGUCAGAAGCAGAGGCACCUAUAAAGUCAUGUAUCCAUGAGGAACACACAGGAGUUACAGAUGAGUCUAUAUCCUCUUAUUCUGGAAGUGAUAUGCCAAGAAAUGACAGUGGUAUGUGGACAAAAGUAACUGAAGAAGGGACAGAUCUCUCAGAACGGCUUGUGAGGAGUGGUUUUGCUGGAACUGAAAUAGACCCUGAAAAUGAAGAACUUAUGCUGGGUAUUAGCUCUCGACUACAAGCAGCAGUUGAGAAACUCCUGGAAGCUAUAAGUGAAACUAGUAGUCAGCUUGAACAUGCCAAAGUUACACAGACAGAGUUGAUGCGGGAGUCAUUUCGACAGAAACAAGAAGUGACCGAGUCUCUUAAGUGCCAAGAAGAACUGCGAGAGCGCCUUCAUGAGGAGUCCAGGGCCAGAGAACAGCUGGCUGUGGAGCUCAGUAAGGCUGAGGGUGUCAUUGAUGGCUAUGCAGAUGAAAAAACUCUUUUUGAAAGGCAAAUUCAGGAAAAAACUGAUAUAAUAGAUCGUCUUGAGCAGGAAUUGUUAUGUGCAGGUAAUAGAUUACAAGAAUUGGAAGCAGAGCAACAGCAGAUCCAAGAAGAAAGAGAAUUACUGUCGAGACAGAAAGAAGCUAUGAAAGCAGAAGCAGGCCCUGUGGAACAGCGACUAGUAGAUGCUGCAGUCGAUGCAGCACCUGGAGCAGAAUUACUACAGGAGACAGAAAAACUAAUGAAGGAAAAACUAGAAGUACAGUGCCAAGCUGAAAAAGUACGUGACGACCUUCAAAAACAAGUGAAAGCUCUAGAAAUAGAUGUUGAGGAACAAGUCAGUAGGUUUAUAGAGCUGGAACAAGAAAAAAAUGCUGAGCUUAUGGAUUUACGACAGCAAAAUCAAGCACUGGAAAAGCAAUUAGAAAAAAUGAGAAAAUUUUUAGAUGAGCAAGCCAUUGAUAGGGAACAUGAGAGAGAUGUAUUCCAACAGGAAAUACAGAAACUAGAACAGCAACUUAAGGUUAUACCUCGUUUCCAGCCUAUCAAUGAACAUCAAACUAGAGAGGUUGAACAGUUAACAAAUCAUUUGAAAGAAAAAACAGACAAGUGCAGUGAGCUUUUGCUGUCUAAAGAACAGCUUCAGAGGGAUAUCCAAGAACGGAACGAAGAAAUUGAGAAAUUGGAAUUCAGAGUAAGGGAACUGGAGCAAGCCUUACUCGUUAGUGCAGACACUUUACAAAAGGUAGAGGACCAAAAACUGUGUGGAGCUAUAGAAGCUAAAGCAGAAUUGUCCCUAGAAGUACAGUUGCAGGCUGAGCGAGAUGCCAUAGACCGAAAGGAAAAAGAGAUUACAAACUUAGAAGAACAAUUAGAGCAGUUUAGAGAGGAACUGGAAAAUAAGAAUGAAGAAGUUCAGCAACUCCAUAUGCAAUUAGAAAUACAGAAAAAGGAAUCUACUACCCGCCUUCAAGAACUUGAACAAGAAAACAAAUUAUUUAAGGAUGAAAUGGAGAAAUUGGGAUUUGCCAUAAAGGAAUCUGAUGCUAUCUCUACUCAGGACCAACAUGGGUUGUUUGGAAAAUUUGUUCAAAUAAUGCAAGAAAAAGAAAUAGAAAUUGACCAAUUAAAUGAGCAAAUUACAAAACUUCAGCAUCAACUUAAAAUUACAACAGAUAAUAAGCUUAUUGAAGAAAAAAAUGAACUGAUAAGGGAUCUUGAAACCCAGAUAGAAUGUUUGAUGAGUGAUCAAGAACGUGUGAAGAAAAGUAGGGAGGAAGAAAUUGAACAGCUCAAUGACGUGAUUGAAAAACUUCAACAAGAAUUGGCAAAUAUUGAACAGAAGACAUCAAUGGAUGCCAACCCUUUCCCAGAGGAAGCAGAUAGUAUAAAACAUCAGUUGGAUAUGGUAAUAGCUGAAAAACUGGCUUUGGAACAGCAAGUAGAAACCACUAAUGAAGAAAUGGCUUUUACGAAAAAUGUACUUGAAGAAACCAAUUUAAAAAUGAACGAGCUAACACAAGAAUUACGCAGCUUAAAGAGAGAACGUGAAAAUAUGGAAAAAAUCCAAAGUGUACCAGUGAAAAGCAUUAAUAUGGACAUAGAUGACCCGAGCAAAACCAAACCUGAACUGGAAGUUCACCUUACUGAGAAUGCCUUUAAAUCCCUAGAAAAUCAGACUUAUGUCACGUCUUUUGAAGAAAACAGCAGAAGUUCCAUAAGCAGUUUGGAAACAAAGGUGCUACAGCUUGAGGGCACUGUGAGUGCAAAGGACUUGGAACUCACCCAGUGUUACAAACUUAUAAAGGACAUGCAAGAACAAGGCCAAUCUGAAACAGAAAUGCUUAAACGGAAGAUUGGAAACCUACAGAAUAUACUUGAAGAAAAUGUUGCUGCUGCUCUUGUGAGUCAAGUCCAACUUGAAGCAGUUAAGGAAUAUGCAAAACUCUGUCAAUAUGAACAAGCAGUUUCACCAGAACUUGAAAGAACAAAUGUACAGAAUUUAAAUCCAGUAAGAGACAAUGAGAUGGACCCAGAUGUAUUAGCAUUAACCUUGAGAAUAUCAGAAUUAGAAAACCAGGUGGUUGAAAUGCAGACUAGUUUGAUUUUAGAAAAAAAACAGGUAGAAAUUGUGAAGAAAAAUGCUUUGGAGAAAGAAAAGAAGCUACUAGAACUAAAGAAGUUAUUGGAGGAGGAGAUAAACCAGGGAGGUAAAGAAAGGAAAAGAAGCCCUGAAGGAGAUUUUGAAGUUUUCAAGGCAACUGCUGAGCCUAUUGAUACCAGUGAAGAAAGUGGAUUUUGUUGUCAACUUGAGGCUCUUAGAGCUGAAUCAUCAGCUAUCAAGGAAGAACUUGCUAAUUACAAAGAGAAAGCAGAAAAGCUUCAGGAAGAGCUUUUGGUAAAAGAGACAAAUAUGGCAUCUCUUCAGAAAGAUUUAAGCCAAGUUAGGAAUCAACUCACAGAAGCAAAAGAGAAAUUAUCCUCCUUCUUAGAAAAAGAAGAUAAGACUGUGGUACAGGAAAACAGAAAAGUCUGCAUGUUAGAACCACUUCCUACUAACGUGGAUAAAAGUUUGGCAUCCGAGAUUGAGGGGACCCUCAAGGUUAAUAGCAGCAGUCAGACUCCACAAGUUCUUGUUAGAAAUGUAGGAAUCCAAAUUGAUUUACAGAGUGAGUGUUCAUCAGAAGAAGUCACAGAAAUAAUCAGUCAGUUUACUGAAAAAAUUGAGCAGAUGCAAGAACUACAUGCUGCUGAAAUUUUGGAUAUGGAAUCCAGACAUAUUUCUGAAACUGACACCUUAAAGAGAGAGCAUUAUGUUGCUGUUCAGUUGCUGACAGAGGAAUGUGGUACCUUGAAGGCAGUGAUACAGUGUCUGAGAUCUAAAGAGGGAUCCUCAGUUCCUGAAUUAACACAUUCUGAUGCUUACCAAACUAGAGAAAUAUGUUCCAGUGAUUCUGGAUCAGACUGGGGUCAGGGAAUUUAUCUUACACAAAGUCAGGGAUUUGACAUAGCAUCAGAAGACCGAGGAGAUGAAGGUGAAGGUUCAACAGAUUCAUUUCCGAAGAAAAUAAAGGGAUUACUGAGAGCUGUCCAUAAUGAAGGCAUGCAGGUGCUCUCCCUCACUGAGUCUCCCUAUAGUGAUGGAGAGGACCAUUCUGUUCAGCAAGUGUCAGAAUCUUGGCUAGAAGAAAGAAGAGCUUAUCUCAGUACAAUCUCAUCUCUUAAGGAUUUAAUUACCAAAAUGCAAGUGCAAAGAGAUGCCGAGGUUUAUGAUGGUUCCCAGUCUCAUGAGUGCUCCCCAGAUUGGCGAGGCGAACUUCUGCUUGCUCUUCAACAAGUUUUUUUAAAGGAACGCAGUGUUUUACUAGCUGCAUUUCAGACUGAGCUGACAGGUCUAUGUACUAAAGAUGCAGUUGGAUUACUAAACUGUUUGGAACAGAGAAUAGAAGAACAGAGUAUUGAAUAUCAAGCAGCUAUGGAAUGCAUCCAAAAAGCAGACAGAAGGAGUUUGUUAUCUGAAAUUCAAGCACUGCAUGCUCAAAUGAAUGGUAGGAAAAUUACUCUGAAAAGAGAGCAAGAGAAUGAUCAACCAAGCCAAGAGCUCUUGGAGUAUAAUAUACAGCAGAAGCAGUCUCAGAUGCUGGAGAUGCAAGUGGAGCUCAGCAGUGUGAAGGACAGAGCAGCAGAGCUGCAGGAACAACUGAGUUCUGAGAAAAUGGUGGUUGCUGAGCUGAAGAGUGAACUUGCACAAACUAAACUGGAACUAGAAACAACACUCAAGGCACAACAUAAGCACCUAAAGGAAUUAGAAGCCUUCAGGUUGGAAGUCAAAGAUAAAACCGAUGAAGUACAUUUGCUUAAUGACACGUUAGCAAGUGAACAGAAAAAGUCCAGAGAGCUCCAGUGGGCUUUGGAGAAGGAGAAAGCCAAACUAGGACGCAAUGAAGAGCGGGAUAAAGAAGAACUUGAGGAUUUGAAAUUUUCACUUGAGGGUCAGAAACAAAGGAAUAUUCAGCUAAAUCUACUUUUGGAGCAACAGAAACAACUACUUAAUGAAUCACAGGAGAAAAUAGAAUCACAGAGAGUGCUACAUGAUGCCCAGCUAUCAGAAGAACGAGGUCGAAACUUAGAGCUUCAAGUACUUCUUGAAUCUGAGAAAGUUCGAAUACGGGAGAUGAGUAGUACCCUGGAUAGGGAGCGAGAAUUGCAUGCUCACUUGCAGAGCAGUGAUGAUAGUGGGCAGCCUCGGCCCUCCCUACCCUCUGAGGACCUCCUUAAAGAGCUACAGAAACAGCUGGAGGAGAAACACAGUCGCAUAGUAGAAUUGUUAAAUGAAACCGAGAAAUAUAAACUGGAUUCUUUGCAAACAAGACAGCAAAUGGAAAAGGAUAGGCAGGUUCACAGGAAGACGUUGCAGACAGAACAAGAGGCCAACACUGAGGGACAGAAAAAAAUGCAUGAGCUCCAGUCCAAAGUGGAAGAUCUCCAGCGCCAGCUGGAGGAGAAAAGGCAACAAGUUUAUAAGUUAGACCUUGAAGGAAAGCGACUGCAGGGAAUUAUGCAGGAAUUCCAGAAACAAGAACUAGAACGAGAAGAAAAACGAGAAAGUAGAAGAAUUCUCUAUCAGAAUCUUAAUGAGCCAACCACAUGGAGUUUAACCAGUGAUCGAACUAGAAAUUGGGUUCUUCAACAGAAAAUAGAAGGAGAGACAAAGGAAUCAAGUUAUUCUAAGCUGGUUGAAAUGAAUGAAGGAGGAGCUGGCUAUAAUCAUGAAUUAGAAAUCCUCAGACAAAAGCUUCAACUUGUGGCUUCAAAACUGCAACAUCUGGCCCAGAAAGCCUCCAAUAGACUACCGUUUGAAACAGCCGAUGAUGAAGAUUUCAUGUGGGUUCAGGAAAAUAUUGAUGGAAUUAUUUUACAACUACAGAAAUUAACUGGCCAAACAGGGGAAGAGCCUGGUUUAGUGUCUCCAGGUGGUACUUGUGGCUCAUUGACUGAAAGACUGCUGAGACAAAAUGCUGAGCUGACAGGACAUAUCAGCCAACUGGCAGAAGAAAAGAAUGAUUUGAGAAAUAUGGUUAUGAAGCUAGAAGAACAGAUCAGGUGGUAUCGACAGACAGGAGCUGGCAGAGAUUAUUCUUCUAGGUUUUCAUUCAGUGGUGGUGCCAACAUUGAAGCCAUCAUUGCUUCUGAAAAAGAAGUCUGGAACAGAGAAAAGCUGACUCUCCAAAAGUCCUUGAAAAGAGCAGAAGCUGAAGUGCACAAACUGAAAGCUGAGCUAAGAAAUGAAGCUUUACUUCAGAAUCUGAGCCCUGAUUCUGAGCAUGCUGCUAUAAAGAGAAUUUAUGGUAAAUACCUUCGGGCAGAAAGUUUCCGGAAAGCUCUCAUUUAUCAGAAGAACUACCUGCUGUUGUUACUGGGUGGGUUCCAGGAAUGUGAGGAUGCCACACUGGCUCUGCUUGCCCGGAUGGGGGGACAGCCGGCCUUCACAGACCUCGAGGUGCUUACCAACCGUCCAAAGGGCUUCACCAGGUUUCGGUCAGCCGUCAGAGUGUCCAUGGCAAUUUCAAGAAUGAAAUUUUUGGUUCGACGGUGGCAACGAGUCACAAGUUCUGGUUCCAUCAAUAUUAACAGAGACGGCUUUGGACUGAAUCCAGGUGCUGAAAAGACUGACCCAUUUUAUCAUUCUUCUGGCGGCCUGGAGCUAUAUGGAGAACCGAGACAUACUACGUAUCGCUCAAGAUCAGAGCUGGACUAUUCUAGGUCUCCUGUACCUUUUCAGAAUAGGUACCCAGGCCCUCCAGCUGAUUUAAAUCCUGGUUCCUUAGCAUGUUCUCAGCUUCAGAAUUAUGACCCUGACAGAGCCCUGACAGAUUAUAUCACUCGGCUAGAGGCACUGCAGAGACGACUUGGAACUGUGCAGUCAGGUUCAACCCAAUUUCAUGCUGGCAUGAGAAGAUAAUCCUUUAAAACAUGAAUCAAAGUGAUUUUAAACAGAUUGCCUUUUGUAAAUCAGUCAUUCUUUUGUGCUUUUGUAUUGUGGAUAUUCAGCGGGACCAAUAAGAACACAGCUUAUGAUUGUAUACAGAUCCCUUGCCAGCACAUGAAAACAAACUGGAAUUUGUACAUAUUAGCAUUGUGUAUGUAUUCAUGCACAAUAAUCAUUAAAUUACAUGUAUAUUUGUGGAAUGCUAAUUUAAAUGAUUAAAUUAUAAACCUUGUGUAUUUAUCGGAUGGGUGAAAAGAUUAAACUUUUGCGCAUUAUGAUACUGCUGAAUGUGUAGCUUGAGGUGUCCUGCACUUUUCUUAUAAGGCUACUGAAUUACAUGUUUCUGCCCUAAUAUAUUUGCUACUGGUGAUGAAGACAGAUACUAUCACUUGUAGAGACCUAUUUUUGUAUAAUGGUAGAAGUUUUGAAUUUUAUGGGGUAUUUUGUCAAGUACUGAAAUAAAAAUGACUUCACCAUUUUAA